GAGGAAAUGUAAGGUCCCGUCGUUGUUCUCGCGAGAUCUGACAACUGCGUGGGAAGCGGACGAGGAAAAAGCAAGAUGGCGUUUGACGGGGAAGACGUCGUAUUAUGUUCAUAAUAUUUAUGUGUUCUUAGUCAGUGCGUACAUGCAUGUCGUUUGAUAGAGUAAACAUCUUUGAUAUUUGUUCGUACCCGGAUACAUUAGUCCGAGCGCACUUUGACGAUUCUCGUGCUUAGCUAGUUAGCUUAGCGUGUUAGCCGCUAACAAAGACGGGCGGAAGUGAUCAAAACACAUCGCUAAGCAGAGAUCAAGUGUGAGUGUAAAGUGUUGUGAUUGUGUGAAAAAUGUGCGAAAGAAGGAGAGCAGAGUACGAGGAGGAACUUUGUCCAACAAAAGAGAAGAAGCGACAACAUCAACCUUUAGAUGCAGUUUUCAAGAAACAUCAAGUUGUGUUACACAGAACAGACGCCCAGCAGCCCCCCCACAUCAAAGAGGAAGAGGAGGAAGUGUGGAUCACUCAGGAGGAAGAGUGUCUCCUAGGGCAGGAGGAGGCUGAUCUCAGCAAGUUUCCACUGACUGUUGUCUCUGUGAAGACUGAAGAGCAUGAAGACAAACCACCUGAGUCCUCACAGCUUCAUCACAGUCCAAACGUCUGUGAAGAACAUCUUCUCCCUGAGCAACAGGAGUGGAGCUGCAAGAUGGAGGAGGAGGAGCCACAGCCCUCCCACUUUAAAGUGGUAGACACAGCGCUGCAGACCCCCCAUUUUAAAGAGGAAGAGGAGGAACACCGCAUCAGUCAGGAGGGAGAGCUGACUGUGUUCUCAGUGGUUGUGAAGAGUGAAGAUGAUGAGGUCAAAGUUGAGAGUGAGGAGAAGAGAGAGGCGGAGCUUCCAAGCAGCUCAACAGAAGCUGAUGGAGACCACUGUGGAGGAUCACAAGCAGACAAGCUCUUAGCUCCACUAUCAGAUAGUGAGGACACAACGUCACACUCUCCUGACACUGAUGAUGAAGACUCUAAAGAUGAUAAGACAUGUCACACUGACAACACACACCUGACGUGUUCUUACUGCGACAAAACGUUCAAUUACCUUUGCCGUCUGAGAACACACAUGAGGAUACACACCGGAGAAAAACCAUUUACCUGCUCAGUGUGCGGUAAAGGCUUCGCCCGAAAAGACGUGCUGAAAGAACACAUGAGAACGCACACCGGCGAAAAGUCUUUUACCUGCUCGAUCUGCGGGAAAGGUUUUGUGACAAGUACACAUUUGAAGGUGCACACCAGGAUGCACACUAAAGAAACACCCUUUUCCUGUUCAAUGUGUGGCAAAGGUUAUGUGACGAGUACAAAUUUGAAAGUGCACAUGAGGAGGCACACCAGAGAAAACACCUUCAUCUGUUCUGUCUGUGGCAAAGAUUUUUUACAAAAUCACGACCUGAAAAGACACAUGAGGACACACACCGGGGAGAAAGUGUGGUGUUGCAGUGUGUGUGGGGAAGGAUUCUCCUAUAAGUACCAGUGUAAGAAACACAAGUGUGCUGGUGAGGACAGCAGCGGGAAAUGAAGAUGCAGGAUUUGAAAUAAACUGUCAAAACUUU